UAGCUAGGCUACGAUGGAGAACGACGGAGGGGAUACGCGUUUUUUCGGAGAAGGUGUAUCGGAAAGGGCGUCUGCCACUUUUGACAGCCAAAAUUAUCCUGCUCCAACUGAAGUGAGCGAACAUGGGGUAGAUCCUGAAGUCAGGCCGCCCGAUAACCACCCGACCCCAGUGCAGGAGCAGGGUCGAGCAAAAGGUGCUGAGCAACGGGUGCCCGAAAUCAGUUUAACAGCACGGAACCGCCAAUCAUCCUCGAGUCAACCCGUGACCAAAGCUCAAGGACGAAAAUGCACAUUGCUGUAAAAUGUGUUUGGCAGGACUUCUGCUUCUCUUUGCCUUUAGCGUUGCUGUUGCACUCACUCCCCUCACGUUUACAAGCAUGCUCCUCAAACAUAAUAAUCAGUGGUGGGAAUCAACUGGCACCAUGGAACUGUUGCAAAGUGACACGAUACUGGCAUACAAAGGUAAACCUCCGGUACAACUUAUAGCAACGGUUGAAAACAGGCAAUCCACAAAGUUCAAUGUGAGCCUUCUUUCAGUAAACUGUGAGGAACUUGUUGUUCAUGAAUUGUAUGUCAAUGUUUCCGACCUUCAUUUGUAUUUCACGACUGAAUAUCCCACAAAGUUACCCCCUGGCUACAACCACUUUGAGUUGGAAUCAUAUCUGAAGUAUUUUAUAACACUGGGUGGUGCACCUAAUACAUCGGAGUUG